UAUUGAUUAAACCUUGAAGUUUUGACCAAAAACACCCAAAUCAGCUCUCGUUUCACCAUCUCUUCAAAUGCUCUCAAAAACCCUAAUUAAACCCUAAUUCCUAAAAAAAAACUAAGAAUGGCUUCAAUUAUACUUCGAUCUCGCAUUUCAUCAUUAUUAUCAAAAACUAUAAAAUCUGAACGCCGAUUCUCUACCUCGCACGUUGACAAAGAAUCCAUCAUUUCUUCCCAGUCUAUCAUUUCCGAUCAAGCCACCUCUGCCACGUCAGCUUCAGCUGCUGCGGCGGCGGAAACGCUGGAGGCGCCGGCGCCGGAGAGUAAAGGAUUAUCCUUCUUAAAGUAUGCGAUUAUUGCUUCUCUCACCGGCGCUUCUGGUCUUGCUGGAUAUGCUACAUACGCUUAUUCAUUGAAUGAAGUUGAGGAGAAAACAAAGGGGUUAAGAGAAUCAGUUAAGUAUAAAGCUAGUGAAGAUGCAUCAUCGAUUGAGAAUUAUCAGAAUUUGCUUUAUUCUGCUGCAAUGACGAUUCCUGCUAAAGCUACUCAGCUUUACUUGGAUUUAAGGAGAAAGGCUGAAGAACAUGUAAAAGGUUUUACUGAGCCAUUCUCAGAUAAGCUUCUUCCUGAUUUGCAUCCCUCUGAGCAACAUGUUUUUACUCUCGUCUUGGAUCUUAACGAGACAAUCAUAAAUAGUGAUUGGAAGCGAGUAAGAGGCUGGAGAACUUUCAAAAGACCUGGAGUUGACGACUUUCUGCAGCAUCUUGCGAGGCUAUAUGAAAUUGUUGUGUUCUCUGACCAGCUUAGUAUGUAUGUGGAUCCUGUUGUUGAAAGGUUGGACACGAACCAUUGUAUACGAUAUAGGCUGUCAAGGGAUGCUACAAAGUAUCAAGACGGAAAACACUUUAAAGAUCUAUCCAAACUCAAUAGAGAUCCUCGCAAGAUUAUUUAUGUGAGUGCUCAUGCUUAUGAAAGUAGCCUUCAGCCAGAAAAUUGUAUUCCGAUCAAGCCAUUCCUUGUUGAGGAUGAAGAUGCAGAAAUUGUGGAUACAACACUUCUGGACCUGAUUCCAUUUCUUGAAUAUGUUGCUCGUGCUAGUCCACCGGAUAUUAGAAAAGUAUUAACAUCUUAUGAAAGGAAGGAUAUAGCCAACGAGUUUAAGGAACGUUCUAAGGAGACUCAGAGGCGAAUGCAAGAAAAAAGACAACCGGGUUUUUUCAGGCGACAUUGAGGUUGUGGCUUACGUAAAAGUAUACUUGAAAUUUCUUGAGGAAGAAAUGCAGAAGUCAUUUCUAUUUAAAUUUUUUGAGUUGAUGAAAUCAUCUUUUCUCGCAUCAUAAAACCCCACAAGAUUGCCAUUUUUGUGUCGACUGUCGGUAAUUUAGUACCAUAGUUCUUACUCAAUUAUCUUGACCAUGAAGCAUGUAUGGUCGACUUUUUGACAUAGCAACAAUUUGAAUAUAGUCGACAAAUUUCUGGUAUUGAAAUAAUUUUACUCGUCAUCAAGGAUUCAUGUGAGAAUACAAUGCAGAAAAUUGCCUAGCGUAGACCCUUUUUGUUAUGUACAAAUUAUGAGUUAUAUAAAUUAUUUUUAUUUUCAUGUAA